AUGAAGCGGGACCGGCGUGGGCGGUUCUUGCCCGUAGCUUUGGCGGCCAGGAUCGGGUCAGAGCCGCCGCCGGCCGAGACAGGCAGGCCAGACUCCGUGAGCCGAACGCGCCGCGGACGCGCCGCCGCCGCCGCCCGGGAGGAGAAGACCGCGCCGGAGCCCAAGCGCUGGGCCUCGCCGGCCGCUGAAGCCGCAGCCGCAGCGGCCGUGCCGGGAAUCCCCCGGGCUUUGACCACGGGCUUCUGCCGGCUUUGCCACGGGAAGUUCUCCUCGCGGAGCCUGCGAAAUGCCUUUGGGAAGGUCCCCAUGGUGAGCGAGGACUCAGAGAAGCAGCGGCGCUUGGACCAAGUCUUCUUCACAGACUUCCAGCGGCUGGUGGGGGUGACCGUCCAGCAGGACCCCUCUCUUCCCCCGUUUGUUUGCAAAAAGUGCCACGCCCAGUUCUACAAGUGCCGCAGCAUCCUGAAGGCUUUCAUCCAGAAGGUGAACGUCUCACCUGCGGAACAUCCCAAGCCACGAGGAAAGUACGUUGAGCAGCCUUCCCUACUCAUGGUCUCUGUGUUGCCCGUAUCUGCCACCCGCCUGAGGGACAGGAACAAUCUAGCCCAGCCUUCACUGCCCACUGCUUCAGCUGGAGAAGGAGAGGCGUCUUGUCUGGACCUGAUCACCUCCAGCCCACAGUGCCUUCACCAGCUGGUAAGGUGGAGCCACAGCCACGCGGAGAACUGCCCGAUGGCACCAAGCCUGCAGAGUGUCUUGUCGUCCAAGUACUGCGGGAUCAUCAGAGCCGUGUGGGGCUGCGAAGAGGGCCACAAUUACAUCAUGAGCACGGAUUCGGACUGCAGCACCUUGCUGGUAGACAGUGCCCUGGCGGUCCAGUGGGAACUGAAGAAGGACACUCCUCGGCAAGUGACGGGCAACGGGGUGGCAUCCGACAGCUCCGGGGCUGCCAUUCCAUCGCUGCAACACCAGCACAAUGCUGCUAGGGCAGUGGCUGGCCAGCAGCCUGCAGACGGUGUGACUGCUUUGCCGGCAUCCAGUGCAGAAGACCUGGUUCCUGAGAGCCGAGGUUUGCCUUCCUUGCAAGACCCUUUGCAGGAGGACCUGCUCCAAGCAGCCUCUCCCCAGUCGGGUAGCCCAGGACGGCCGAGUGAGAAGCUGGCUCUCUCUGCAGCAUCAGAUGAGCGGGUAAAAGACGCGUUCAGUGACCUUUCUGAGGGAGAGUCUUCAAAUGAGGAUGAAAACCACAAGAGAGCGCAGUCUUCAGAUGAAUCUUUUGAGCCUUAUCCAGAAAAAAGGGUGUCCAACAACAGAAAAGUGGAAAGCAAGGAAGCAAACUUGGAGGAGCUGAAAACAAGGAAGAAGCCAGGACCCAAACCUGGCUGGAAGAAGAAGAUCAAGUGCGAAAGGGAGGAGCUGCCAAACAUUUACAAGUGUCCUUAUCAGGGCUGCACAGCUGUGUACAGAGGGGCGGAUGGCAUGAAGAAGCACAUCAAAGAACAUCACGAAGAGGUCCGGGAGAGGCCCUGUCCCCACCCAGGGUGCAACAAAGUCUUCAUGAUUGACCGCUAUCUUCAGCGCCAUGUGAAGCUCAUUCAUACCGAGGUGCGCAACUAUAUCUGUGAUGAAUGCGGCCAGACAUUCAAACAGCGCAAACAUCUGUCUGUCCACCAGAUGCGCCACUCAGGAGCAAAGCCACUUCAGUGUGAAAUCUGCGGCUUCCAGUGCAGACAGCGAGCCUCCCUCAAGUACCACAUGACCAAACACAAGGCAGAGACGGAGCUGGAGUUUGCUUGUGACCAAUGCGGGAAGCGCUUCGAGAAGGCCCACAACCUCAAUGUUCACAUGUCCAUGGUGCACCCCCUGACCCAGACGCAGGAGAGAGCCAAGGAGGGUGAGUCGGAGCCCAAGCCACUGCUGGACACUGUGGAAGGCCAGCCUAUCAAAGUAGAACUGAGUGCGCAGCAGGAACCCACCUGAAAGCGCCUGACGCGGCUUUGCAUCAAUCGCACAGGACAGGAGAUUGUCUGUCUUUUAGUGGGUCCUUCGGAAGAGGCCCUGGGAAAUCACUUCUGCUUGCCUGCGAACAGCUUUCCCGUGCUGUGACCGCUCUCUUUGUGCUUACGUCAACGACGGCUACGACAUCCUAUGGAGAAGUCUCUCCUUUACCAAAAGGCAGGGUCUGUUCUGCCCUUCCCGCUGACGAUGAUCAAAAGGCAUCACGCCUGUUAUAAAGGUGUGUAUAGCUCAUAAGACACCCAUAAAUUCCCUGUGAUGGAUCUCAAGAAUGAUGGAGACUUGAAUCCAGAUGUUUUACAUUAAAUGCCAAACUCAAAAUGAAGAACAGGACAUUUGUAACCUAAUUUUUAUUGUUCAAAGUCAUAAUUAUGCUUGUAAUAAAUUAUUUACACAGUA